AUGAUCAACCAGUACAGCAAGGAGACUCCGACGCUGCGGCUGCUCUGCAGCAUCACCGGUGGCACUCAUGCGGCGCAGUGGGAGGACAUCACGGGAACGACGCCGUUGACCUUCGUCAACGAAUGCGUGUCCUUCACAACGACCGUGUCAGCGAGGUUCUGGCUGAUGGACUGCCAGCAGGUGACGGAGGCGGCGCGCUUCGCGACGGAGCUCUACGCCGAGGCGAUCCACGUGCCGUUCAUGGCGAAGUUCGUGGUGUUCGCGAAGCGCACCGAGCCGGCGGAGGGGCGGCUGCGCGUGUUCUGCAUGACCGACGACAAGAUGGAGAAGACGCUCGAGUGUCAGGAACACUUCGCGGAGGUCGCCCGCAGCCGCGACGUCGAGGUGAGCGCGCACAGGGGGCGCCGGGGGGCGCAGGGGUUGAUGUAG